GGCAGCUGCAGCGGCCGAGGAGCAGAACAGAGCCUAGCAGCCGUAGCCAGCCAGCUUUAGAAGAAACUUGUGAUCUGGAAUGAGAUAACUUUCACCAUGAGCCAACAAGGUUACGUUGCUGCUCCUCCAUACUCCCAAUCCCAGCCUGGAAUAGGAGCACUUUCCCCACCUCUUCGGGGUCAUUAUGGUGAUCCAUCACACCCACCCUCUCCAGCAGGCAUAAUGAAGCCAGCUGGACCUUUGGGGCCAACUGCACCUGUUGGGGUGUUACCUCCUGGACCCCCUAAUUCUGGGACCCACCAAUUUGUUCAGAAUGGUCCUAAUAUCUCAGGGUAUCCCCAACAGAGGUUUCCAGGCCCUCCACCUGCCAACAAUGCUGCCCCUCCCUACCCACCAUACUCUCAUAUGCCAUCAGCAACCUAUCCCAGUCCUGUGUCUUCAUCUGCCACCACUCAGUUGACCAAUCAACUCGGCAGCAUGCAAAUUCACAAUUACGGUCCUGGCAUGACUUCAGGUUCCCAGGGCAUCCCGGCCCCACCCUCAGCAGCAUCUUUCCAAGGGCCCCCACAGCUGCCUCAGCCUGCCAUUCUCCAGCCAGGCCCCCGGAUACCCCCACCUCCACCAAGCACGCACAAUGGCCUUGGAACUGCCCCCUCAUUGCCACCAGCAAGCAGGCAGGAUGCACUCCCUGGGUCUGGCCCUCCCACUGCCAAUUUUUCAUCUCUGCCCCUUUCAGGACAACCUCCAGGCCCUGGAUAUCCCCCACAACCAGGGGCCAACUAUGGCCCUCCCCAGAUGCCUGGAGCUCAGCUCUCCUCCCCAGCUGGAUUUCCUGGUGGUCCUGCGCAGAUGGCAGGGCCAAUGCAGCCUCCAAAGAAGCUUGAUCCUGACUCUAUCCCAAGCCCAAUCCAAGUGAUUGAGAAUGACAGAUCCACCAGAAGCGGUCAAGUCUAUGCUACCAACCUGAGGGGUCAGGUUCCUCCUCUAGUAACCACGGAUUGUGUGAUUCAAGAUCAAGGGAAUGCUAGCCCUCGUUAUAUCCGAUGUACAACAUACUGCUUCCCAGCCACUUCAGACAUGGCCAAGCAAUCUCAGCUACCUUUAGCCGCCAUCAUCAAGCCAUUUGCCACUGUUCCUCCGAAUGAGGAACUAAUCACAGCUUCCACACUGCUUAGCCCUACCCAGGCCUGGGCAGUGUUUGGAGGUGAGAGUUUUUGGCUUGUCAACUCUUCUACCUAG